AUGGAUCUCCAGAACUCCACCCACCUCCCUGGGAACCAAUCAGAUUUCAGAAGCGUGUUCACCAUGCAGGUGUUGCCUCCGCUCUACCUGCUCACCUGUCUUGUGGGCGGAGUCCUGAACGGAGUCGCCGCCUGCAUCUUCUUCCGGGUGCCGAGCGACUCGGGGCUGGUGGUGUACCUGAAGAACAUGGUGGUGGCCGACUUCCUCAUGCUCUCCACCUUCCCCUUCAAGGUGGCGGCCGAGUUGGGGUUGGGGGGGUGGCACAUGCACGUGGUCACCUGCCGCUACACCGCUGUGCUCUUCUACUUCUCCAUGUACGUGGGCAUGGUCUUCAUGGGCUUCAUCAGCCUCGAGCGCUACGUCAAGAUCGUCCGACACACGUCCUCCAACACCUCCACCUUCGGGUCGAAGUGGUGCAGUGUCUCCAAGCUGCACCUCCUGCAGAGCGUGGACUUCGCUCGGGUUCUGGCGCUGCUCACCUGGGUCUUCAUGCUGCUUUCUGUCCUGCCCAACGUGGUCCUCACCAGCAAUCCUGCAAACGAGACGAACGCGCGACGCUGCAUGGAGCUGAAGACGCCGUUCGGCCUGCAGUGGCAUCACUUCCUAGCCUACUUCAACAAUGCCCUCUUCUGGCUGACGUUGUUCCUGCUCUCCUUCUGCUACGCCUCCAUCGCCUGCCAUCUGUACAGCUCGUAUCGACGUGUUCGCCGCGAGCAAAGCGACGCCUGCAGGAAGUCCAAACGUAGCAUCUUCAGCCUCCUGGCGGUGUUUUUCAUUUGCUUCGUUCCGUACCACGUGCUUCGCGUCCCGUAUACUUUGAACCAGAGGGCGGAGUCAGGCUUCAGUGAGGACGCCCGCUUCUGGCUGUUCCAGCUGAAGGAGGCCACGCUCUUCCUCUCCGCCAUCAACGUCUGCCUCGACCCCGUCAUCUACUUCCUGAUGUGUCGCACCUUCAGGGAGUCGCUGCUCCGGAAGCUGUCGGGGAGGAGAAGGAGGAGGAGGAGGGGGGGGUCGCUCACCACCGGACAGUCCGUCACUAACCUAGGCGGGGUAGAGGAGAGGAGGUGAGGGAAGGAGGUGAGGAGAGAAGAAUAGGAGGCUAUUCACCGUAUGCCUCUCCCACUCUUUGGCGCUUCCAUGUUGACUUAAAAUGCAUAGCGUCGCCAGCUCUAUCAACCUUUACUUGGCAAAGAAACUGUUUUUAAGCUUUUGAAAGAACUGUUAUUAAGUUAUAAAAGUGUGUUCAGACAAGGAACACAGUUUUUCGAUUGACAAUAUGUGAUUACUUUAUCCAAAAAGAGAACCACAGAUUUGGCCAUAGCUAGCCAGAUAGCUUAGUAGAUGCUAAGGUAAGUUCGAUAGAUAGAGAGAUAGAUAGAUAGGUAGAUAGGUAGGUAGGUAGGUAGGUAGGUAGGUAGGUAGGUAGGUAGGUGGAUAGAUGGAUAGAGGGAGAGGAGGAAACAGGAGAGGCAACAAAGGAAAGGAGACAAUGAGAGACGACAAGACAAGGAUGAAAUAACAGAGGAAACAAGGAAAGGAAAUGACGCUUUAUUUUAACCAGACUAUAGUUUUAUGUAAAUAUUGUAGAAUAUAGAAUCUUAUAAAGAAGAUAUUUUCACGGAAAGCAAUCUAUAUUUUACCUCACACAUCCAAAAGUUAAUUUUUAAAAACUUGCUUCAAUAAGAUCAUGGAUAUUUUUCACACUGACAGAAAUGUAUGUAAAUGCAGAAAUAUGUAUGUAUAAUUGUAAAUAAGUAUAUAUUUUUAAAUGCCAUGUAUAUAGUACGUAGGCAGAUGAUUGAUGUAUUUAUUGUUGAAGAAGCAAAGUGAAUAAAGGAGGUGCUGUGAGGAAAUGAAAGAGGACUGCGAUGACUGGGCAACCAUGUGCCUUUCUUUGAACAACUUUCAUAAUUAAACUGUCUGUUAUGUCAUAUCAACAUUUGAAGAGAACAAAAGUGUUAUCCGGCUGGCAGUGGCGGCCGGCCCAGAGAGGCGAAGUCCCUCCCCUUCCGGUUGACC